AUGGAGCUGCUCCUCCUGCUCCACGAACUCCUCGGCAACGCAGUUACGGCUGCGGAGGCAGCUCUGUUACUCAGCUUCGAACAGCCUGAGCGUCCGAUCAUCCCAGAUGUCAGGUUUUGCGUCACAACUCUAUCGGACGAGGACUGUAGGCAGCAGUUUCGCUUUGAUGUCGCCGGCGUCAUCCGCCUAACGGAGCUCUUCGCUCUUCCGGAGUUCGUGAUCACGGGUUCGCGCGAUAAGGCGCACGCCACUGAGGCAGUGUGCAUCUUGCUCCAUCGCUUGAGCUACCCCAAGCGCCAUUACGAUAUGAUUCACAGAUUUGGGCGCUCCACAAGCGCCCUGUGCCGUAUUUUCAUGCACGUCGUAAUGUACUUGUAUGAUAGAUACGAGGAUACUAUCUACUGCCAUGAAGCAAUCGUGGCCGAGCGCAUCCGUGCAUAUGCAGAUGCCGUGCACCGCACCGGGUCGCCUAUGAAGAACGUUUUUGCUUUCAUAGACGGCACCAAGAACCGCAUUUGCCGGCCCUCGUCUCGCCCUGGGCGCGGAGAAAACCUUCAGAAGCAGGUGUAUUCGGGCCACAAGCGCGCUCAUUGCCUCAACUACCAAGCAGUGGUCGCCCCCGAUGGGUUAGCCCUGCAUUUCUGGGGGCCGAUGGAGGGUCGGCGGCAUGACAGCACGCUGCUGCGUGAGAGCAAACUUAUGAAGUAUAUGGAGGAGCGAGCCUCCAUAUUCGAUGGGUACGUUCUCUACGGGGAUCCGGCUUAUGGAAUACGCAAGUUUCUAGUGUCAGGUUUUCGAAAAACGGCGCCGACGGAUACCGAGCAGCGCUUCAAUAAGCUCAUGAGCUCUGUCCGAGAAUCUGUUGAAUGGCAAUUUGGUAGCAUGAAAUCAUUGUGGGCAUUUAUCGGCUUUAACAAGUCUCUCCGUCUGCGACUGAGUCCCAUUGGUAAGUAUGUGCUUGUGAGCAUGUUGCUCACAAACUGUCACUGCUGCUAUAAUGGAGGCAACCAAAUUAGUGCCUUCUUCGGCUGGGCACCACCCUCGCUAGAUGCAUACCUAGCUAAGAGAACGUCAAACCUCGCUAAAUAA